AAGGAGACCGGCCGGUGACCACCCGACCAGAACGUGCCCAUUGAAAGCAAGCCCGGAACAGCCGGAGAAUGUCCACCCCGAGCAGAUUCAAAAAGGACAAAGAGAUCAUAGCCGAGUAUGAAAGUCAAGUGAAAGAGAUCCGAGCUCAGCUGGUGGAGCAACAGAAAUGCCUCGAGCAACAGACGGAGAUGCGGGUUCAGCUGCUCCAGGACCUGCAAGACUUCUUCCGGAAGAAAGCUGAAAUCGAGACAGAAUAUUCCCGGAACCUGGAGAAGUUGGCAGAAAGGUUCAUGGCCAAAACGAGAAGCACCAAGGACCACCAGCAGUUCAAGAAAGAUCAGAACCUGUUGUCUCCGGUGAACUGCUGGUAUUUGCUCCUGAACCAAGUGAGGAGAGAAAGCAAAGACCACGCCACCCUGAGCGACAUCUAUCUGAACAAUGUCAUUAUGCGGUUCAUGCAGAUAAGCGAGGAUUCCACCCGGAUGUUUAAAAAGAGCAAGGAGAUUGCAUUCCAACUGCACGAGGACUUGAUGAAGGUUCUUAAUGAGCUCUACACGGUGAUGAAGACGUACCACAUGUACCACGCCGAGAGCAUCAGUGCAGAGAGCAAGCUGAAGGAAGCCGAGAAGCAAGAGGAGAAGCAGAUUGGGAGGUCCGGAGACCCCGUCUUCCACCUCAGACUAGAAGAGCGGCACCAGAGGCGCAGCUCCGUGAAGAAAAUUGAAAAGAUGAAGGAAAAGAGACAAGCAAAAUAUUCAGAAAAUAAGCUGAAAUCGAUUAAAGCGAGGAACGAGUAUCUCCUGACACUUGAAGCCACCAAUGCCUCGGUGUUCAAGUAUUACAUUCACGAUCUUUCAGACUUAAUCGAUUGCUGUGAUCUUGGCUACCAUGCAAGUCUGAACAGAGCCCUCAGAACGUACCUCUCGGCAGAGUACAACCUUGAAACCUCCAGACACGAAGGCUUGGACAUUAUCGAAAAUGCUGUUGACAAUUUAGAGCCAAGGAGCGACAAGCAGAGAUUCAUGGAGAUGUACCCUGCUGCCUUCUGUCCACCAAUGAAGUUUGAGUUUCAGCCUCAUAUGGGUGAUGAGGUAUGUCAGGUCAGCGCGCAGCAGCCAGUCCAGGCAGAGCUCAUGCUCCGGAACCAGCAGCUCCAGUCCCGACUGGCCACACUCAAGAUCGAGAAUGAGGAGGUCAAGAAAACGACCGAAGCCACCCUUCAGACCAUCCAAGAUAUGGUCACUAUCGAAGACUACGAUGUGUCCGAGUGCUUCCAGCACAGCCGGUCCACGGAGUCCGUCAAGUCCACCGUGUCUGAAACCUACCUGAGUAAACCCAGCAUCGCCAAGAGACGCGCUAACCAGCAAGAAACGGAGCAUUUCUACUUCAUGAAACUCCGAGAGUUCUUGGAAGGCAGUAAUCUCAUCACAAAGCUUCAGGCUAAGCAUGACUUGCUGCAGAGGACUCUUGGAGAAGGUCAUAGAGCUGAAUAUAUGACUACAAGGCCUCCAAACGUACCCCCUAAGCCCCAGAAACACAGGAAGUCCAGGCCCCGCUCCCAGUAUAAUGCUAAGUUGUUUAAUGGGGAUUUGGAGACAUUCGUCAAGGACUCAGGCCAGCUUAUCCCUCUUAUCGUGGAAAGCUGCAUUCGCUUCAUUAAUCUUUAUGGUCUUCAGCAUCAGGGGAUUUUCAGAGUGUCUGGUUCCCAGGUGGAAGUGAACGAUAUCAAAAAUUCCUUCGAGAGAGGUGAAAAUCCUUUGGCCGAUGACCAGAGCAACCACGACAUUAACUCUGUGGCCGGAGUCCUGAAGCUCUACUUCCGGGGGCUGGAAAACCCCCUCUUUCCCAAGGAAAGGUUUAAUGACCUGAUUUCUUGUAUCAGAAUAGAUAAUCUCUAUGAGAGAGCGCUUCACAUCCGCAAACUGCUCCUGACCUUGCCCAGGUCGGUCCUUAUCGUGAUGAGAUAUCUGUUUGCCUUCCUCAAUCACCUUUCCCAGUACAGCGACGAGAACAUGAUGGACCCUUACAAUCUGGCCAUCUGCUUCGGCCCAACGCUGAUGCCUGUUCCAGAAAUACAGGACCAAGUAUCUUGCCAGGCACACGUGAACGAAAUCGUGAAGACCAUCAUCAUCCAUCAUGAGACCAUCUUCCCAGAUGCUAAAGAGCUGGAUGGCCCCGUGUAUGAGAAGUGUAUGGCUGGGGGCGACUACUGCGACAGCCCAUACAGUGAGCAUGGCACACUGGAGGAAGUGGACCAAGACGCCGGCACCGAGCCCCACACCAGUGAAGACGAGUGUGAGCCAAUUGAAGCAAUCGCCAAGUUUGACUAUGUCGGGCGGUCUGCUCGAGAGCUGUCCUUCAAGAAGGGUGCGUCCCUCCUGCUGUAUCACCGUGCCUCUGAGGACUGGUGGGAAGGCAGACACAACGGCAUUGAUGGUCUUGUCCCUCAUCAGUACAUCGUGGUGCAGGACAUGGAUGAUACAUUUUCAGACACUCUGAGCCAAAAAGCUGACAGUGAAGCCAGCAGCGGGCCAGUCACUGAAGACAAGUCUUCAUCCAAGGACAUGAACUCUCCAACUGACCGCCAUUCUGACAGCUAUUUAGCCAGGCAAAGAAAAAGAGGAGAGCCACCCCCUCCAGGAAGACGUCCUGGCAGGACUAGUGAUGGCCAUUGUCCCCUCCAUCCCCCACAUGCUCUUUCCAACUCCUCAAUUGAUCUGGGGUCCCCGAACCUAGCCAGUCACCCCAGGGGCCUGUUGCAAAAUCGUGGCCUCAAUAAUGACAGCCCUGAGCGACGGCGACGGCCGGGCCAUGGCAGCCUGACCAACAUCAGCCGCCAUGAUUCCCUCAAGAAGAUUGAUAGCCCUCCUAUCAGGAGGUCUACAUCAUCAGGACAAUACACAGGCUUCAAUGACCACAAGCCACUGGACCCAGAGACAAUUGCUCAGGAUAUCGAAGAGACCAUGAACACUGCGUUGAAUGAACUCCGGGAACUGGAAAGACAGAGCACGGUGAAGCAUGCCCCCGAUGUCGUGCUGGACACCUUGGAGCAAGUGAAAAACUCACCCACCCCUGCAACCUCCAUGGAAUCUCUAAGCCCCCUGCACAACGUCACCCUCAGGAGCUCAGAGCCUCAGAUUCGCCGGAGCACGAGCUCGUCCAGUGAUACAAUGAGUACUUUCAAGCCAAUGGUGGCGCCCAGGAUGGGCGUGCAGCUGAAGCCCCCAGCCCUUAGGCCAAAGCCUGCUGUUCUUCCAAAAACAAACCCAACUGUAGGGCCCGCCGCACCUUCCCAGGGUCCCGCAGACAAGUCUUGCACGAUGUAGAAACCAAGGUCCUGAGGGGAGGGAGUCUGAAGAUGAAGAUGGAUUAGUGACAGUGGUCCGUGAUGUUCCUCAGUCUUGCGCCUAUAACUGGAGAUCUUUUUGACUUUUCUAUGUCGUCGAAUGUAAUGGUGUCGGGGACUAGCUACAUUAACGUGGGCAUUUGUAUUUUGUAACCUUUUUUAAUAACUGGACAUAUGUCAUUUUAAAGACAAUAGAAACUCUCUUAGACUUACUUGAAAAUCCAAUGCUGCAGCCCUUGUCACGAAGGCGACACCUUGCCCCCUGCGGUAUAUGGCUUUGGAUUGUGUGGCCCAGGUGAGUGGCCUGCGAGAAAGAGAACCCGAGUUCCAGGUCUUACUGGAGAAUCACCCGCCAUGGUCUGUGACAUAUGCGGGAAGAGCCAUUGUCUAGAAACCAACACCGAGCAUCCAGAGUGGGAUCCAGCACCUGUUACAAGUCACAGAGGGGCUUCAGUGAGACUUUCAGUCCAUGGCUUGCAAGGGCUCCAUGAUGGCCCCUUCCAUAAAUGUCAUUUCCCUGGAUCUGGGUUAAGAACUCAAUGGAAGAAGGUAGAAAACCCUCAACUGUUGCUUGAACUGAACCUGGAAAGGCAGGGGAGACAGUGUCUCCAGAGCUGUUGGCAUUGCUCCUUCCGAGAACGCGAUCAGGCCCUGGAGAUGUCCAAUCCCACCACCUCCAUUUGCAAAGGGCUAGAGCAGUUGAAUAUUGAGGACUUUCCGGUUACAGCACAAACUCCUACAAAGUUGUUCGAUAACUGCCUGAGAAAUAUUUCUCCCUUCCUUCAAACCCCAUGCUCUCCUUCAUGGCAAUGGAAACAGACAGACAGGAAAUUGAUUCACGGAUGUUGUCACCUAAUUACCUUGCUUCCUUUAGGCCACAAAGGCCCAAUGGUCCCAAAUCCUAAACCCCCAGCUCUGAUGCCCACAUCUCUUUGAACCAAGCCAGAUCUGGCCACGGUACUGAGUGAGAACCCUGCCGGGCCACCAUGGGAAGAUGACCCUGUGGUGCCGGGAUGGCCUCUUCCCAGUUUUGUACCUCAGAAUCAUGACUUCUGUUCUUGUCCUGUUCGUGUUUGGUUUGUUGUUUUGGAAUUUUGCCUGUGACCUCUACAGAACUCAUCUAGUCAAAUGGACUCCAUUAGGAACUUCUUUCCUGGCAUUUUAGCGCAUAGCCAUUUUUCUUUAUCAUAUAUUUACUAUAUUUUUCCUCUAGCUUAAAAAAAGAAGGCAGAUUGUGUGUUUGUUUAGUACUGGGAUUAAACCGGAGGCCUCUUGCAUGCUAAGCACACACUUUACCCCCGAGUUCUAUCCACCCCUCACGCCCAGAUCGUCCUGAACACAACUGUUUUUACUAAGGUACAGAUCGCCCCUCUAGCCACAGCCGCUGGUGUCCACAUUAGCACGCACUUCCUGAUGAAGCCAGCAGAUGGCUCAGAACAAGCCCCUUUGGACACACCAUUAAUCACCUUUUAGGUUUAAUCUCAGACUGGCGUGCCCACCUCAGAGUGGCACGGUGUUGACAAUAAUUCACGCAGGAACCAAGUAAGAGCUGUACUAAAAUCAAGAUCGUGAGUGACUGCUACCUCAGUUUGCCCAUCUAAUCAUUCCUUUGCAGAAAAACAAUAUGGAUGAAAUAGUCCCUUUCUAAGUCACUCCUCGCAUCUUACAACCACCCCGAGGUAAUUCCCAGGAUGGUAAGAUUUUGAACCUCAGAAUUGCCAGUGGUGGUGGUGGUGGUGCACACCUUAAAUCCAGUACUCGGAGGCAGGGACAGGCAGAUCUCUUGAGUUCAAAGCUAGCCUGGUCUACAGGAUGAAUUAUUCCAGUACAGCCAGAACUACACAGAGAAAAAUAAUUCAAAAUCUUUAGAACCAUUCUUUUUGGCCAUUUUGUAAAAGAAACCAUAGAGACCCAGCCAGGAUUGAGGUUUGCUAGACACUGAGCCUUUUAAACAUCCCACCUCUGGUUUCCUUGGGAGUUCAUCGUCUCCUCAAUGAACCCGCCAUUUACUAGAAAUCAAUAUCAAUUCUUCAAACCAUGUUUCUUCUUUGAUGGAAGAUGCUAACAGAAGGUGUAAGAAGCUAGCAGCUUUAGGAGCUAUUUGUAAAUAUCUUUCCUAAACUUGAAUUUUAGUUUUUACCAUCUUCCUCUUCCAAACAGCUCUCUGGCAAUCCUCCCCACACACCCCACCCCUGCUGCAACCCCACUGCUGCCUUCUGUGUGUCCAUCUAUGCCUUUCUGUCCCCCAGGUCAGGCCUUUGCUGCCUUGAAAGAGAAAGGACAUGCUUUUGCAAGUCCCUUGGGAUCUCAGGCCUGGGCCUCCAGGGAAUGGCUCCUAGUUCCCUCCCAUCAGUCACUCACCUUUUCCUCCCUCUUCUCUCCUGUAGUCCCGGUGAUGGUUCCAGAUGUCCCCAGACAAGCAGUCACCUUUCCUUCCUUUGCCUAGUGAGGGACCAACAGUUUUAUACCUUCACGUCUGGCGAGGGCACUCUUGGAGCCAUGCACAGAAUGGUUUAAGAUAAGAUGUCCCCUGCAUGGAGGAUCCUAAGCAGUCACUAGAGCUCACUAAAGGCUGCAGCAGCUGAGGCAGGUCGCCCUGGCAGGGUUCAAGGUGGAGCGCACAGAGGAAAGGGACAAGGAAGGAAAUGCAUGGACCCUGAGGUCCUCCGUCCUCUCCCAGACCUUAGCGUCCAUAUGCAGUUCAGGGAGGGGGUCGUUUGGUGAGCAGAUUGUAGUCCACAACACCGCCUGACUCCACGUACACAAAAUAGCCAUAGUUAUUAGGACUGUGUGCUUUGUCCCGUCCGUAGAACCCUGGUGCCAAUUUGCAAAGCCCUUUGCUGUGAGUUGGGGUUUGAGGGAUGGAUUGGAUAGGAACCGAGUGCACAUUUUUUAAAGAGUGUCCCAAUAAAAUGUCAAACUGUUGAGGACACUCUGGGGCUCAAGUUCUUGCUGCAGGUCAACAUCAUUGUUCACCAGUCUUGUGUUCAUAAAGACAUCAGCUAACUGUGGUGCUCUGGGAGCCAUCCGUGGAAUACUUCACAAUGAGGUCCCACUUAUUCUGCUACCAUAGUCAUGAAUGGAUAAAGAACUCCAGAGUCAGGUGGUCUCUGAGUUUUCUUUAUACAUUUGCCACUUCCAGAAAGGCUUUUUGAUUUAAUUAAGAAGGGGGAAAGAAAGUUGGGUUGUUGGUGGUGGUCUCAGCAUUUAGGAAUGGCUCAGCCUCUGAUGUCUACAAACUGAAGGAACCAUGAUCCGACAUCUGAGAUCCAACAGUAAAGAGACUGUCCCUCCAUUGAGAGCUCAGAUUUGGGUUGAUCCUUAUUCCUGACCAUAGCAGCAAAGACCAUAAAUGCAGGAAAUGCAUUUGGGAUGCCAUAUCCACCAUCUGCCACUGAGACCUCAGGAACCAGAGAGCCCAGAGCUGAGAGCUCUAGCCAUGUACAAAUAGAACCCUCCUAUUUCAGACCCCCACCCCCGAGCUGAAAGCCCCCCUCAAGCUCCAGCUGGGCUGGAGUACCAGGCUUGCAUUGGGAUGACUUCAGCACAGAUAGUAAAGCCAGAGACUAAGCCUAGCUUUCGCUCAUCCUACUAUACUUUAUUUAAAAAACAAAAUGUCUCAGUGGUAUAAUCAAAAUGGGUACCUGUAUCUUUAAAUUAUAUAGGGAAUUUUGUAUGUUUAAAUAAUUGUACUGGGUUCCAUAAUGCUUACCUUAGAAACUAGUAAAAGAAAACUCUAUAAACUGCGCAUCUGUGAAUGCCCCUUCCGAGCGUGCUCAUCUAAGUUCGUGUGUAGUGUGAUGGUUGCUGUAGAUAUUUAACAUGUAGUAGAUGGCCCUGUUAACAGGAGACUGCUCUUCCCCUGCGUUCUUACUGGUGACUCCUGCCCACGUAAUUGAAAUCAGUGUUGUCCUUUCCUGUCGGUUUGGUCAGUUGCAGUACUGGUUGCUUCCUGCUUGUGACAGUGACCUACCUGUGUCAGUGUACAUCGGCAGUAUGUACAUGUGAAAGUGCCUUCCUAUCUUAGAGGAGCUUAGCCUUGCUCUUGUACUGUCGCCCACAGUGUCCCGCCCGCCGGAGUGUUCUCUGGCUCCUUCCGCUUGAUCCCGCCUCUCCACCGGCCCCACUUCCGUUUCUUCCUGCGCCUCAGCGCUCAGUCGUGUGCGUCUUGCAUCCGUGUGGAUUAUCAGACUGUCUCGUUGCCCUCAUAGACGUGACCGUGCCUUUCUCGCCCCUCAGUGACUCCCUGCCACCCGUCCCAUGCGUCCCACUGUGUCCCACUCACACUGCUACCUGCCAUCCCGUCCCUAGCUCUAUACUGACUCUCCAAUGCAUCCCUCCUCUCCGAGGUGAAGAGAAGAGGGUGCUUUUACAGUCCUGGAAGAAAAGAAAUGUUUUGUUAAUCUGUCGUGACAACGCACUUUUCUGUAUAGUACUGUACUUCUUGGCAUGUACCAUUACAGGCUUCAGUAUACGGUCGGGUUUGUUC